AUGGCGCCCAAGCCGAAGCCUGACAAGGCCAAGAUAGCGGCGAAGCAGAAGGAAGCCUCGUGGCAGCAGCAGCAACAGCAGCAGCAGCAGCAGCAGCAGCAGCAGCAGCAGCAGCAGCUUCAGAUGCCCCGCAGCAUCCAUGGCCUGGCGGAAGUGGCGGAGGACAAGACCUUUGGCCUCAAGAACAAGAACAAGAGUGCCAAAGUACAGAAGUAUGUCCAGACGGUGGUGGCGGGGGCCAAGACGGCGGCGGUCGACCGCAAAACACUGAAUGCGAUGGAGGCCGAGAAGAAGGCCAAGGCGGUGCGGGAGGGUGUGGAGGGGGAGGCAAGGGGGGUGUGGGCAGGGGACAAGAAGGCGGCGGAGGAGGCGCGCCAGAAGGAGCUCAACGCGCUCUUCGCGGUGGCCAUCAAGCAGCCCAAGGUCCCCGUGGGUGUUGACCCGAAGAGCAUUGUGUGCGAGUUCUUCCGCCACGGCCAGGUCAGCGGGGCGGCUGCCGGGCCGGCGACCGGGAUGGCCUGA